AUGACAAGCAGACUCAGCAGAACAGAAAGGCAAUCCUUGGCUGCGACAGCAGAGAAGCCUGCUUCGAAUACCCGCAGCCCUCGUCGCCCCCGGCCGGCCGUUGGUGGGAAGAGUCGGCUAACAGCUCUGGGGCUAGUGAUGGGAAAAGUGUGGGCACUAGCUGCUGGUGUUGACGAAUCUCGGCACUCCAAAACCAUUAGCUGGUGCGUUAAUUUCCUCGCGGCAAGGGGUGCUAAGCCAGUCACAUCACAGACCCGGGUCGAUUCGAACUGGACUGGCUCGGAUGCUGUGCCAUCUGACGGAAUUGAUGAAGUCUGUUGCAACGAUGCUGAUGGAGCACGGAUGGCCAGGAUCAGGGUCUGGACACGGACGAUCGACAGUAUGGGCGUUUAUUCGUCGAGCGAGGGAGCUUGUCCCGCAGCUUGGGCAUCUCAGAUCGUAAAAUUGGUUGUUGGAAAUGCCUCGAUGCUGGCUACAGGUCAAUGA